GUUAAAAGACAGCCGUGCAUGAGAAAAUUCCCGUAAACAGCGGGAGGACCCUCUCUCUCUCACACACACACACGCACUGUCUCACACUCCUUUUAACGUUAACAUUAACAAACCUCCCCCAAAUCAGUCGGUAGCUGCCCUUCUCUCUCUCAUCAAAUCUCUCUCUCUCUACUAAGCCAAUCAAAACAUCAGUCGGAUACAAUUGCCCAUGACAACUCCUUCACAGCUAGGGUUUUACAUGUCCCCCCAUUUUCUCUCUCCUAACAAUUUAUAGAGAGAGUGAGGGUGUGUAUGUGUGUGUUUUAUAUUACAGAGAGGAAAAUUGGGUGUAGAAGAGCAUAAUGGGUCAAGAAAAUUUAACCACUCAGAAGCGAGGUGGAGGACUUCCAACCACCACCGCCAACGGGGGCAGAGUUGGCGCCGGCGUCGGCGGCCGGAACUCCUUCCUGCCUCGCGGCCGCCAGAUCAGCCGGACCUUCAACAACAUCAAGAUCACACUCCUCUGCGGCGUCGUCACCAUUCUCGUCCUCCGCGGCACCAUCGGCCUCAACCUCAGCAGCUCCGACGCUGACGCCAUCAACCAACACCUAAUCGAAGAGACCAAACGGAUCAUCGCCGAGAUCCGGUCCGACAAGGACCCCGACGACCCGGAUGGCGUUGCUGAAUUGGAGAUCAACCCUAACAUCACCUACACUCUGGGACCGAAGAUCAAAAAUUGGGACGAAGAGCGAAAGAUCUGGCUCGAUCGCAACCCUGAAUUCCCAAAUCAUGUGAACGGUAAAGCUCGAAUCUUGCUCGUUACUGGGUCUCCCCCAAACCCUUGUGACAACGCAAUUGGGGAUCAUUAUUUGUUGAAAGUAGUCAAGAACAAAAUUGAUUAUUGUAGGUUACAUGGGAUUGAAAUUGUGUAUAAUAUGGCUCAUUUGGAUAAAGAACUUGCUGGGUAUUGGGCGAAAUUGCCUUUGAUUCGGAAGCUAAUGCUGUCCCAUCCCGAAGUGGAGUGGAUUUGGUGGAUGGACAGUGAUGCUUUGUUUACAGAUAUGGUUUUCGAGCUUCCCCUUUCCAAGUACAAGGAUCAUAACUUGGUUAUUCAUGGAUACCCCGAUUUGUUGUUCGAUCAGAAGUCAUGGAUUGCAUUGAAUACUGGGAGUUUUCUGUUUAGGAAUUGCCAGUGGGCUUUGGAUUUGCUUGAUGUGUGGGCGCCAAUGGGCCCAAAGGGUCCGAUUCGUGAUGAGGCCGGGAAGAUUUUGACGGCGUAUUUGAAGGGCAGGCCAGCUUUCGAAGCUGAUGAUCAGUCAGCAUUGAUAUACUUGUUGAUUUCGCAGAAGGAUGUGUGGAUGAAGAAUGUGUUUGUUGAGAAUUCUUAUUACUUACAUGGGUACUGGGCUGGAUUGGUUGAUCGGUACGAAGAGAUGAUUGAGAAGUAUCAUCCCGGAUUGGGAGAUGAGAGGUGGCCGUUCGUGACCCAUUUUGUGGGUUGCAAGCCUUGUGGGAGCUACGGGGAUUACCCGGUUGAGAGGUGCUUGAGCAGUAUGGAAAGGGCAUUCAAUUUUGCCGAUAACCAGGUGCUUCAACUAUAUGGGUUUAGGCAUAGAGGCCUGUUGAGCCCCAAGAUCAAGAGGUCCAGGAACGAAAGUGUUACGCCGUUGAAGUAUGUAGACGAGUAUGAUAUUCGGCAGCAUUCAGUGCGCAAGAGUGGUGGAACACAAAGCUAGCUAGUUAACACUUUUCCAUGAGUGAUAAUCUGUAGAUUAUAUCAUCAGUUUCCACAAGAGAAGUAGAAGAGAGAUCUAUCAAUCAGAGUUGUUGAGGAAUUCCAUAGGUAUAAAAUUCAUGGUUCAAGUUGCUAAAGGACUUUGGCAUAUUAGACCUUCACUUGUAUAAGCCAGAAGCCCAGGGAUAAUAUUUAUUUGAGGAUUAUUUGGGCAUUUUGGAUGAAAAGGUUGUCUCAGUUUUACUUCUUCAAAGAGAAAAUGACAGUGAAAUCAUGAGCUGUCCCAAGAAAGGAAUGGAGGUGGAGCUGGCAAACAGACCAUCAAAAUCCUAUAUUUAUUCAUGGAGAAAUUGACUAGAAAGCCCCCGACCAGAAUAGUCAUCCCCAAACUGUCAUGUUAUUGGAAUAUGAUGCAUUGCAGUUUCGUGUGGUCUUUAUUCUUUUGUUAGCAUAAAAACUUGAAACAAUGAGCCAUUGAGUUUGGCUUGUCUUCAACUUUUUUUGGUUACUAAUAAUUUAUUUUCCUAUAAA